AUUCCAUGAUGGCUGAAGAUCCUGGCGGAACAUUUUUCAAUUUCUCUCUCAUUUUUCUUUCUUUCUCUCUACCUCAGCUUGCCAUAGAGACAUGGCAGGACCCACAGGCCAGUUAAGCGUCCGCAGAUUAUCAAGGUUGACAUGCCCAAGAAAGGGAACCGAAAACGGCUGAAAUUUAGGGCCGGGGACGUUUGUUCGGAAUCAGUGACCGUUGCUGAUUAUGCUGAUGCCGACCCAGCCGUUGUGAAGUCAGGGAGGCUGAAAAAGGCUGUUGCAAAUGCAGUUGAAAAAGAAGUAAAAUUACUCUGCGGCCUGGAGGCAUCUCAGGGUGCUGUAGAAGAGGUCCUCUCGUCUUCAGCGAGUGUCACAGCCGACGCGUUGGACAGCAGUGAUGAUGUAGACCCCGAAGAAGAUGGAGAAAACGAAGCUAAAGGGACCCGCAAGAAGAAAAACAAAAGGAGAAAGGAAAGCAGCGAGAGCAGUGAUGGUGGGGAGUAUCCAGUGGAUAUUUGGCUAGUGCUUGCCUCCUAUAUUCGGCCUGAGGAUGUGUGCAGGUUUGCUCUAAUCUGUAAGAAUGCCUGGACGGUCACUUGCACUGCAGCGUUUUGGACCAGGCUCUAUAGAAGGCACUACAAGAUUGACACUGACCUGCCGUUCCGUCUCCAGCCUGACUCUAUUGACAGGAUGUGCUCUCUACGGGCCCGUGUGAUUCGCUCCCUUUUCCAUUUGUAUGAGCCGUUCAGCUUGCGUGUCUCGAAAAUUCCUGCCCUGCCAGAAUCCACGCCCACAACCUUGCUCAAUUCCAAGUGUUUACUCUUCUGGGUCAGAAAGCUGCCAGGGACUCGGCCUGAGGCAUUGUGGGAGUUUAACUUCAAGUUUCUAAAGCAGCAGGGACACAAUAAGAAUGGUUGUGUCAAGUCUUUGCGGAUGCCCACACAAUACAAAGAUGUCCACACGAACCCAGACUCUGACUGCUACAUGCUUCAGGUCACCACCCUCAACUUCAUCUUUACCCCUGUGGUUAUGGGCAUGACACUGUCCCUGUUCACAAUCAACGUUAGCACAGACAUGCGCCACCACCGCGUUCGUCUGGUCUUCCAGGACUCGCCACUCCAGCGGGGCAAGAAGAGAGGGGAUCAGGGCGGGACCCAGGUGGUGUUGGAUCCCGUACACAGUGUAAAGCUCAUGGACUGGUGGCACCCACAGUACCCCUCCUCACCCUACACAUAGGAGACCUGCCCUGCAGAACGACACACCAAGAACCCUGCUGUUAUCUCAUCCCACUCACCAAACAGAAAUAUGAUACUGGAUGAUUCUGCAGAACUCUGGAUUAUGAUCAUUCACAUUUCCUUAGACCCUAUUAGAAGUUAAAGGCAGAAUAAGUAGGAAAAAAACACUGUUUAGGUUUAUAAAGAGUAACCUACAUAUCCUACUCAUUUUGCCUUCAGAGAAGGCCUGAGAUGGGAUGCAAAUUCCAACUGCCAGUGUCAAAUUCAAAUAUGUUGCAUGCCCAUCCACCACAACCUCCACACCCUACUUGUUUUUUAAACAUCAUAGGUCUUCAUGAAUCUAAAUGGUGCACUGCAGAAUUGUCCAAUAUGAACAUUAUUCCUGGGAGACAGGGCUUGUUACGUGUGUUUUGAAAUCUGCCAUGUCCACAUAGGAACAUUGGAGUCCCUCUGCACUUUCAACACUCCUCAGCUCCAGCAGUUCCAUAGUCUUUCUGAAAACAUGAAGAAGUAGGGCCGGGAAACCAGAAAA